AUGAGCGAAAGCCAACCGGACGAUAUUGAGUCGCGAUAUCUUCACGUGCUGGAUGAAGCGGAGCGCCUGCACGCACACAUCGGGUGGAUGUACUCAUACUACCAACACUGGGGAUCCUUUGAUACUUUGGCGCUGUACUUACGGCAACAAUCAUGGGAGUUUAUGCGGAUCAACAUCCAGUACGUUACGGACACCUGGACAAAUUUAACCGCGCUGAUCAACUCCAAUGAUCCACCGGAGCUGGAGGCGCUAAUGAACAGCCUGGAACAGCUUCGACCCAUGUGGGAAAGGGCCAAAACAUUCCUGGAGAAUGUCAUACAAAGAUCGGAACGUUUGUACACAUCGGGAUUAGUGGUUUGA